AUGUCACUUCGGCAACUAGUGUCUGGCGAUGCCGACUGCGGCCCUGCCAAUCCUGCGUCAGAAUUGUUGAAACGGUUUGAUCAGGACCAAUCACUAACACAGGAUCUAGUCAGGAGAGAAGCCGUGGGAGAGGGAUCGUCGAAUUCGGCAUUUCGUGCACACUUUCACCAAGCAUCAGUAACGGAUCAUGAGCUUGCAAACGACUUUUUUCUCGACGCAACCCACCAACCUCCACCACAAGAAAACGCUUUUCAAUUUAAUCACAUGAACAAAGAACUGUCGACAAUAUAUCAACCGAUACAGGAAGGCUCCAAUGCCGCCUGGAUAUCCGAAUUCCUGGGUCGACCAAACGAAAAACCUAAUAUAACUGCUCAUGAUCCGAUAUAUGACGAUUUUGAAACCGCAUUUAGGAAUGCUCAAGGCAUGAGUCGUUUUAUUUUGAUUUUCCUGUUGAAGAUACGGCUGAUCUGUAAUCCACGUCGACUCGCACAGAAUCUGUUAAAUACUGUGACAGCAUUUUUGGGCCUGAUUUUAUCUCUGGAUCGUAAUUGGGCUGAGGACUUUGCCCAGUUUACACCACAACCCACGAAUAUCGAUCCCGACGAGGCUGCGGCAUUUGAAAGAGCGUUUGAGGAAGCGGAAAAUUGUGCAGUUUGGCAAUCGGAAUUUCAGACGCAAGAAUCAUCAUGGGCAUCUGAAUUCCAAGAACAAGAAUCUGCUUCUGGAAAUGCUAACUCUGAACUUGCAAGAACCGCCAGGAUGUUGAUGGACACUGUGAGUGGAGAAACAAAUCCAAAAUUCAAAAACUCGGUCUUUUUCAACUUUAUAAAAAAUUUGGGUGAUGAGCGUCUUUCAAUUGAGGGUAAUAAAGUAGUGGCACAAGAAUCUCCCGUGUCGAAGUAA